ACACGUCGACAAUGGCGUUGACGCGUGCUCUCGCUGUUAUGGCUUUCUUAGCGCUUGGUUUGGCUGACCAGCAGUCCUGUCGCGAUGUGGGAUUUUCGUCUAGUCUACUGUGUAGUUCUUGUGAUGAACUGAAGCAGUUUUCGUUGAGUAUUUUGGAGAAAGACUGCAGACGUUGCUGCCAGCAGGACAAGGAUGACACUGUAGCUUCCAAAGUAUUUGCCAGCGCUAUUCUAGAAGUUUGUAGGUGAAAAAUCGGUCGCUUUCCACAAGUGCAAGCGUUUAUCAAUGAACAUGCAAGAAAGUUUCCCAAUUUGCAAGUCACUUACAAGAAGGGAGCAGAUCCUGUUCUCAAACUUAUCAGUGACUCCAAAGAAGUAGAAGAGACGCUUGGCAUUGGCAAAUGGACAAUAGACACUAUGGAAGAAUUUCUGAAUGAGAAACUGAAAUAAUGAGUAGCUUGAAUGAGCAUCAAUGAAGACAAAGCAGUAAACCUUAAUUAAGGAUUGCUUUGUCUGAUGGAUUUGCUCGGUUAGAAAUUUUCACUGUCAAAUAUAGUGAAGAGUUGACAA